UUUUUCAUCAUUUGGAUAUCUGAAUCGGCAGGCAUUGAAGAACGUGACAUCUACCGAAACAAUAGAAGAUAUUUAGGCUACAACUAAUGGGAACCUAAUUUUUCCACUGUUUCCUUCACUUUAAAUUAGAAACAUUCCCUGACUACCGCUGACGAGAAUUUAUUCUGGGGUUUGUGUUAAGGAAUGAUUAGUAAUAGACCUUGCCCUUUCACCACAUUAAAACCAUAAAACUGGCAAUAUCAAUUCACUGCAAACAGGGAUGUUAGCAACACCAGAUCAAUAUCAACAUUGUACUUUUUUCUAGGAUUUCAAAAAAAAAAAACAAAAAAAAAACACCAUGGAAUAUUUGUGACAAAGGAUAGAAUAUUGAUCUUUUUAUCCUGCAAAAUUUCAAAAGUGCGCAGUUCACCACUCAAUGCACUAAAGGAUUGAAAAGAACCUCUACAUAUUACGAAAUUGAAAUACGGAACAAACCUAUAACCAGAUUUUACUUGUAUGCCCAUGGACGUAAAGAAAAGCUGAAGUGUCUUCGUGUAAUAUGAAAGGGUGAUUAAAAAACCUCCGCUUAAGUACGCUGCUUUUUUAUGUACAAACAAAACAAUUUCGGACCAUUAGUUUAUCAGGUAUCACACCUGUCAAAUUAUUUGGCCAACUAAAGCUUGACCGCUAGUAUAAAAGCUAGCUCGCUUUCGCUGCGGUUACUCAUCUGGAACACAACGCGCAACGAUCAGCUGAUUUUAAUGUUCAAGAUGUCGACUCAUCUUAAUUAUGUUUUUUAUAUAAUAGCAUGUAGCGUGGUUGUAGUGUUUUGCACCGUGAUACCACAAACCAUGGAGGACCUUGAACACUACGACACCGGCAAUAUUACUCAAGAACAGAUCCUCAGUGUGUUAUCAGAAAAUACGGAUUCCCGGAACGAUGGAUUAGAUGCCACUCAGAGUCGUUGUCAGACUUGCAGAAUCCGGGAGGAUCAAAAGAGAAUAAGAAUUGAAUCCAUAAGAAAUAGAAUCGAGCACGCACUGAAAUUGGACAUCUUCGGGAUUCCAAAUAUCACGGACCUACGGAUACCGAAGGUACCGUCCUAUCAAAGAUUACGUGAAAGAUAUGAAAAUGAAGAAAGAGUGGGGGGAAUGCAAAGUGAUGCGCCAUAUUCUUAUGCAGAUCAAAUAGAGGACGAGGAAGAUGAAUUCGGAAGAGCAGAAAGGACUUAUAUAUUUUCAGAAGAACCUCCCAGUUCCACCGGAGUUUUAGUGUCUAACGCCAUUUAUUUCAACAUGCCCACACUGGAAAAUAGGGAUGUGUACAAAGCCCUUUUAUGGGUUUAUAUAGUACCACGCAGUCACUUCAACUUACCAAGAAACGUUUCAGAAUUAUUUCUGUACAAAAUGGUUCCUCCCGGGAAACGUGGAGGACCACCAGUCAAAAGGUUUCUGAAAAAGAGGAAAAAGACCAUUCCGAACACAAGUGGCUGGCAUCAUUUUGAUAUCACGGACUUGGCAUAUAAGUGGACUUCAGAUCCGUCCAGCAACUUGGGCUUAGCGGUAGAAGCGUUUGAUGCUGACAAUGAAAAUCUAAUAGUUCUCCCACCCACUACUGGAAUAAAUGAAGGAUAUGAACCGAACUUGGAUUUACGAACGACAACCACAGCACACGUUCGUAGGAAACGAUCGACAGGUUUAACGUGUGACGAACAGAACCAGUUUGAGGCAUGCUGUCGAUACCCGUUAACUGUCAGCUUCGUAGAAUUCGGCUGGGAUUUCGUCAUUGCACCCAAAUGGUAUGACGCUUACUAUUGCGCAGGAGAAUGCAGAAACGAAGCUCAAAGUAACCAUGGCCACUCCUCAGUCAUACAACAAGUGCCUGAGUCCAGAAUGAUAGGAAAUAACCCAGGGCCCUGCUGCUCGCCCGUUCGAAUGGCGAAUUUAAGAAUGCUGUACUUUGAUCAUACUUCCAGACUUCAGUUAACUACAUUACCCAGAAUGCGAGUAGUCAGAUGCGGUUGCUCUUAAAAGCAAAGGAGAGAAAGGGGUAGAAAUAGGAAAUAGCCGCGUUUGUUUUCGUUUAUAAUGUGAAUGGAUCAAAGAUCCACAAAGACAGAAAGUCUUUCAGUUUGCCGAAUACAACACCGACUUAAUUGUAAGGUCGGUCAUCAUAGAGUAGAAUGAAAGAACUCGGUCUAUGUUCACAACACCCGCUGAUCUGAAAUUGAAAUCAGGACUGUUUCUUACAUUUGUAACUAUUAUUUAAAAUCUGGUCGAACCAAACAAAAAAGUAUUAUUUAAAUUUUGUUUUACAUGACACAAAAGAUCACACACCGGGUUUCUGCACUGUGUUGUUGGCAGGCAUGGCUUUUAGUAGUUGUGGUUCAAUGCAUAGAAGAAAAUAAGAGGCGAUUGUGAUAUCUGCAUUGAAAUCCUUGAAUUGAUCUCUGAUUGGUCUCCACUUUGUUUUGGCACAAAGUGAUUUGAAGCGAGAAACGUUGUGGUGCUUUUUGAUAAAUGUGCUUCAUAUGUUGUGUUUUACCUCCAUUAAAUGUUAUUGUUGAUGUGCAGUUGUUGAGUUGGAUAGCACUUUAAAAUUUUCAUAUCGCAUUCAUCUAUGAAAUGCAUUUGCAAGUAAUUUGUAAAGUGCCGCUCCGAAACCAGGGCUUAAAAUGUUAGUAAUGAGGCUAUUGGUGCAAUUCAGUAGAGGAAAGAUUUAGUCUCUUUGUUUGUUUUGUUACUGUUUUGCAUUCCAAGAAUUUGUGAUUAUAUUGCUCGUAAUGUUUUGUGUGAUGUGCAAUAUUAUUCGUUAGAAAAUAUGACGCUAUUCUGAAUAGACGGAGUGGAGCAGGUCUGUAUAAAUGGCGAUUUUUUUUUUAAUUGUUGAGAACUAAAAACUCAGCACAUAUUCAUGUGCCUAAACAUAAUGAAAACUGUGAUAUUCGAAAUAAAAAACAUACAUUUUA